AUGGUGCUGCUGAGUGCAUCAAUCUGUGGACUGAGAAAGUUAAUACAGACUUGUGAGGAAUAUGCCUGUGGUCAUGGUUUAAUGUACAAUGUUAAAAAAAGUCAGUAUAUGAUCUUUGAGACAGCGGGUGCGAGAUGCCCAGUAAACAUACCUCCUGUGAAACUUAGCGGUGUUGCUCUGGAACGAGUUAAACAGUUUAAAUACCUUGGGCAUAUCGUAACUGUUAGUCUUGGAGAUCAUGCUGACAUGGAAAGGGAGCGGAGGGCAUUGUCUGUUAAAGCGAAUAUGGUCGCUCGCAGAUUUGCGAGGUGCUCACGCGAGGUCAAAGUGACACUCUUCAGAGCGUACUGUACUUCGCUGUACACGUGCAGUCUGUGGGCGCACUAUACUAGCAGAGACUACAGUGCCAUCCGCGUCCAAUACAAUAAUGCAUUCAGGGCAGUUGUGGGAUUGCCCCGAUACUGUAGCGCCUCGGGUAUGUUCACAGAAUCGCGCACCGAUGGCUUUCAAGCUACUAUGCGCAAACGCGCGGCAUCCCUAGUGCGCAGAGUGCGGGCCAGUGCCAACACUAUUUUGGCGAUGAUCGGGGAUAGGCUAGACUGCCCUUUCAUAAAACACUGUUCUGACAGGCAUGACCCGUGUGUGCCCAACUUGUGUAUGGGUGGUAGGCGUCACUUGCGCGAGGAUGGCUCGUUAUUGGACUACACAAGCUGUGGAGGUACCGCCGGUCCUCAGUGA